AUGGUGUCCUGCUACAGCUGCGCCUCUGGCAUUGGUGCUUGGCUUCCGAGCUGGGCCGCGGCUGCACGUCGGCAGCAUCUGCGCGACAGAACACAAUCCUGGGAGAACAAGGAGGAGGACGACGGUCGAGAAGUGCUCCUCGGGAAACUCCAUGCCUUCGGACUUCGCGGGGCGGCCGCCGUGCGCGAGGCCGCGGCCAAGCAGGUGAGUGCGGCCUUGGAGGACUCUGGGAGCAACUGGGAAGACCAGUGGCUGAAGUGGAACUCUCUCAUGGAGGUGGGCCACGAUCUCUGGGCCAGUGCCUUCCACUUGAUGGAGUCGCUGCUGCAAGGUGUUCUCGUGCACCAAGGAGACGUGAUCCAGGGCGCGGAGGUGCAGGAAGAUGCUCUUUGCUUCAAGGUCCGACUCUCCGAAGAGCUCACCGGAGAGUUUGCCACGCGCUCACGCAUGGGUGCCCAGAUACGGCUCCAACGGGAGGUGAGAUUCGUCGUCAAGAUGCCCGAGGACUUCGUCGCCAAGCCGCUGGUCGUGGAGGUCUUCGGCCUUGACUUUCCUCCCCUGCCGGGUGCCGCUGAGCUUCGGGAGGACAUCGUCAGCAAGCUUGGCGACAAGUUCGACAGAGCUGGUGCUUUCCAAUACUGGGAAGAGCGCAAGGAGGAGUUUCCUCUGCAGUCUUCCAAGCUGCGCCGCGUGCAUGAGUCGCUGGCACAGUACUACCUGCCGCAGUUUGCCGCUGAGAAGGCUUUCUGGGGCUACCUGAACGCCCCGCCUGGGGGCUGCUGUCUGCUCGGCAGUCUUCAAUUCCAUAUCGAAGAAGAGGAAGUGCGUGUAACAUCCUGCCGGCGACCAGCUCCCACAGAGAGCCUUGAGGCGCAGCUUGCGAUCAUUGACGAGCUCUGUGUGGAGGUCCUUUUGCAGGAUCGUUUCCUGGGGGAGCGCUUCGCCCCCUCGUCGAUGAACUUUCUGGCCAUGACGCACGGCCAUGCAGCCGGACAGAAGGGAGCGGAUCCGAAGAAGAUCGCCAAGCUCCUGUCUGCUGCAGAGACCUGGGGUCCAGGCGACAGCGGCUGGACGCAAUUCGACGAGACGUGGACCUGCACGGACGAGAAAGAUUGGUGGGGCAGGACUAUCAGAGAGCAAGGACGCGUGAUUUGGCACAAGCCCGGCUUUGAGCUCACUUCUUUGAAUGGAAGCCCCGGGUCUGAGUCCUGGCAGGCACGCGCCAAGCGCAUGGCGCGCAACGCAGAGGUCGUGUCUUUGCGACAGCAGAUGGACGAGCUCAAGAGGCAAGAGGCUGCACAGAAGCGGGUGGCUUUGGAGCAGGAGCAGCUGGAACGGGCUGCAGCGCUGGAGAAAGCCAUGGAGAAGCUGAAGGUGGAGGCGCCACGGGACCCCGCGCGGCUGCACAAGGCCCCGGCGCGGCUGUCUGCCGAAGCAUAUCUUGAUCCGAUGGUCUGCGUCACCCGGGGGCCGCAUGCGGGCUUCGAUGAGAAGUCCCUGAUGGCCGAUGCCAGAUACAAGCUUUCAGCUGCGCUACAGGCAGCAGGGCUCUACGGGACAAGGGCAGGCCAUGAG